UAAUAUUAAUGUCACAGAAAAUGAUAAUGGAAUUGCUUUUCAACAUUUCCAGAUAAGAUUUUAAUUUAUUGUAAAAAUUAUAUACGACAGUUUUAAACAUUACUAUUCAUAUCUCUAUUUCAUGUGCAUGCGUAUUUUAUUUUCUUUUAUUGCUGUAUAUUUUUUCACUCGCUACUGGAAAGUCUCAAAAUCAUUCUCUUGUGCAAACGCGCUCUCCGAUUAUUCAUAUCCAAUUCCAGCGACAAAACAUCCCUCUCGCGCACUCUCAUUCACCAACCCCCGUUCUCAUUUCUACCGUUUCCCUCUUCGUCCUUCCUUCAGCUUCGCCAUCCCAAAAAAUCACCAAAAUAGCGCGACGCUUCUGCAAAAGCAUCGUUUCACUGCGGACGUCGCGUAUUUCCGGCGACGCUCGUGCAUCAGGAGCGAAGUUGUUGUUUUGGAUAUCAAAUUGCGGAUAUGGAAUAUGUAGCUAUGUUUCCCUACGAAUAAUGCAUGACAUUUUAUUUAAAUUAGAUUGCAAAUCAUUCCAAAGUUUAUUUAGAUUUUCAAGAUCACAAUUUAUAAAAAUUUGGUCUGAAUUACAUAUUAACUAUAAUAUUUUAUUUAACUAAUUUACAAUAACAGAAAAAUUGAUACUAUCUUUUUACAUAAUGCUUUCAGAUUAUUAUUUUAUUAUAAUAGAUGUUUUUUUCUCAAGAUCUCGAUAGUUUUAAUCUUAUAAUUUUCUACAACCAAUUUAAAACAAUUGUAGGCGUAUGCAUUUUUAUUGUUCAUUGAUAAAUAUAUAAAUUAGUGAUAGCAUUAUCUAUUUUCCAGCUAAAGUUAGCUUUUUACUUUGAUGAAUAAAUUCAGUUAGAUUCGUACGCUAUGAAUAAAUGUGUAUGUGAUCAAAACAUCUCUCUCAGACAACUCAGAUUUCUAGUCACACUCCUGGUCACUGCUCGCACCCUCUUGGUUCCAAUGCGGGGGUGCGCUCAGUGCGAAUCGCGCAGCCGCUCGAACACCUCGGGAUGGCUGGUCCCGCGUUGUGAUCGCGUGCGAAAAAUAAAAGGGAAAAAAGGAACGGGGGUGCAAGCACACAGGUGAGGAAGGCAUCGAGAUAUAGUGUUUUCAAACGGGGUGUCGAAUCGUGAUAUCCGGUUUGCGUGUCCCUCGGAGGAUGACAUCGUUCUCCAUGACGUCGCGUGAGCAUCGCGACCUCCGGAUCCGCGUCCGCUGGCCCUGUUAUUGACUCGGGGGUUGGUCCGGCGGCCAUGACGAAGGGUGGUUGGAUUCGCCGCGAGAUUGCCAGAUGGCGUGGCGUGUGCGGUCCACCCUCUCUGGAGUGCUCUCGGCGAGGAUCCUGCCGACGCUGUCGAGCCCCACGGCUCCAUCCACGACGCUGAGGGUGACUGACAGCGACCAGGAGGAACGCGCUCGGUGCCAAGUGAAGUCGUUGUAAACGUGCGGGCGCGGAACCGUGCGCGAGCAAGCGCGUGUAUCGCUAAGUGGGAUUGCGCGGGGCGGAAGCGGUGCGGAAAGUCCAUUUCGCGAGGCUGUGUAUUCUUUGGGGUGGACCGCGGGCCCCAAUCAUCCCCUCACGGCGCGGACGGCAUAUUUGGGAAAGAUUGUGCGGAGCUGCCGCAUCGCAUCGGAAGUUCGCCGCUUAUCGGCGAGACCGAGCGGGACCGAAUCGAACGAAGCGAUACGCGGAUCAACCCUCGGGAGUGCCGUCCACCAUCUUGGCUGCGCGGAGGUUAUUCUGUGUUCUCACGGAAAGAGUGCCAGGCGUCGGGGCACUCGCGCGAUCCACGGGAGAUAACGUUCUAUUUCGAGGGGAUUUUCCAGCUCUCGUUCUCUCCCUUUAUCCCGUCUCUCUCGUUUCCUCUCUCUUGUUCUUCGUGUCGCUGUAGGAGAGAUCUCGGAUAUCGGGGAGAGCGAGUGGUUUCCGGGGACAAAUCGAUGUUGCGACACCGCUGCACAGGAAUCAGCUGGAUCUGCUAGGAAUCCAGCACUUCAUCACGACAGUCCCGAAACUUUCCGGGAUAUCGCGACGUUCACGACGCCGCGGGACUGGAGCCAUUUUUACGCUCCGUAUGUCGAAAGGCAAGCGGCGCUCCCGCUGAAAACUGGGUUACCGCGUCGCUUCCGCUCGAAUUCCUCCUUCGCCCGUCACCCGGAGGCUCGUGGAUCUAUUCAGCCCAGACUGAAAAACGUUACUUCCUGCCCUCCCUUUAGUAGAAGUUUUACGUCUAGUGGUGAUAAGGAUAUUUAAUUGGGAUGACUUGUGCAGGAAGGAAAGGCGUGGGUCUGGAUCUGGAUUGUGAAGGACAGGGAAGGUUGUGUGAUCAGUGAUUAAGACUGAUGAAGGAGAGCUAUGGAUUUAUACGUUAAACUGGAAAGGAGUGUACUUCGAAUGGAUUUGUCGUGGAAUUUUAUGUGGGAAGAGGAGAGGCGUGGGUUUGCACACUGAAGCAAGUGAAACGUGUUCAGAUUUUGGGGUGGAAUAGCAGGGUGCGUUUGGAGGUUGAUUUGGAGUGGAUCGGUCAAGUUGAGGAAUAUCAUGCGAGAAGACAAAACGCGUGAAACUGAUUAAGAGUGGAGGGAUAUCUAAGAUGUCCAAACAUCUAAGAUGUAUGUUAAAAGUGGGGACAGUGGUUGAUCUGGAUUGACUCAAUGAAUCGGAAGAUUUAUUGGGGAGUGUCGUGCGACAGGGAUAAAAGAUUUGUGCAAUCGACUGUGUAGUAUGAAAACAUGGAGAUUGACUCGAUAGACUCGGUGAAAGGAAUCGCGUGGUGAGAUUGAUUUCACUUAGAGAAGGCAAAUGUGUCUUCUUAGAGCAAGAAAGUAGUGUGCGAGUAGAUUUUACGGAUCGAUGAACUGUUAAGGAAUAUUGGGAUAUUGGGAAGGGAAGCUGGAUUUAUGCAUCGAAAAGGGAGGGACGUUGGAACGAGUGAAACUGUAUGCGAAGUAAUACUGAGGAACGAUGCGCAGAAUAAGAAGAUGCAGGUUUCUCCGUUAAAGGAGGUACAGCGUGCAUAAAUAUAUCGAACGAGGAGAUGCGUGCUAUCUAAGUUCGAUGAGGAAACGUUUGCGCGAUAUGAUUGGCUUGGACAGAGAAAAGUUGGUACCUGCUUCCAUAUUUAAUGAAAUGAUUAAUUACUGAAGAAAAUAAAGUACGAAUUUGCACAUUAAGGAAAAUCUGGGAACAUCUGUGUACAGAUUGUGCGCAGAUUCAACGUCGGUUUAAUAAUCAUUUAAAGAAAGAAGAUGCAAAGUUGUGUUUUCUGUUUAUCUUUCAUAACGAGCUAAUCUUGUUCUUUUGAAAGAUAUUGUUAAAGUUCCGGAAAAAAUCAUUAUGAAUCGUUCUUGAGCUAAAGAGCUGCGCUUAUUUGGAUUAUUUGAAAAAUUAACGUAUUACAAAAAAUUGAAGAUUGCAGACAAUUGUUGUCUAAAAGAUAUAAUUUAUGUCCAAGAAGAUUCUUUCAGUAUCAAGAACAAUCUUGUCCGCGCGGACAAAAUCUUCUUUGUUGAAAAAGAGCAAAAGAAUCUUUUGCGCUAAAGGAAAUCGCGAAUUCUUUGUUGCCAAGAAGAACUGUGAAUUCUGCUUACUUGAAGAAUGUUCUUUGCGCACGGGAGAAAACCGUUGUUUUCUAGAAAACUUGUUUGCUUGUCGAGGGAAGUCACGAAUCAUCUUCAUUUAAGGAAUGUUGUUGAGAAGAAUUAUGGUGUGAAUUCGUGAUGAGAAAAAUCACGAGUCUCCCUCUGCAAUUUUAAGAGGAGAACUCUUUCAGCGGGCGUAUCCAGGAAUAAAUCUUCCACGAAGAUUUGCCAGACGAAGAUUAAAAAUUCGUCGAACGAGAUGGUCGCUGAAGAGUCCAUGGAAUUCACGGGUUUGCGAACAGUGGUUCUUGACGGAAGAAGAAUAUAUCUAAUGAAUUAUGCUCGAUAAAGUCGCCAAAUGUAACAUCCUUCCAAUAGUUAGCAAUUAACAGGACAUAGUUAGGAAUUGGACAGACUGGUAUCGGGAAUGCCCGAAAUGACGAGGAACCAGUGAUUUCGGCAAAGGACCGACAAGUAGUUUUAGAUGUUUCGUACGAAUAAGUGAGAUCGAUUGGUGGUGCGUUAUCAGUGCUUCGGAAAGUGUUUUCCUGGUUUGCCUCGUCGAAGGAUUACGCGUGGCGGCCGGGCUCCUACGUUUCGUGAGACAAUCUUUGGCAUGCGUAAUACGAGUGAGUCGGCCGUAGGGCUCGUUUCGCGACCAGCGAAGGGAUCAAAGGAGGGUCGUUUGGCCGCUUUCGGGCGGUACGAGACCCGGUGAGCGCGAGAGGGCGAGCAACCCCUUUGCCGACGACCAGCAACUCUCCCGUCCGUCACUGUCGACGAACAACAGAACAGAUGUCCUGACAGCGGGCCCCGGGCCACCAGGAUGCCGACAGACGACGACUAUGGCCGAAGAGAUCGUCUUCUGUUGCACCAACAUCCGAUCGCUCAGUACGGAUCCUCGUCAUCCCCGCUUACCGGGUCAAGCGCGCCAAGUUCCGGCAGCGUGGGGACCCAGAUCGGUCCCAAUAAUCCCAACGACUGCUACAAACAGCAGGUUCAGCAGCAGCAAUCGUCCGACUUGCGUUCGGUCACGAGCAUCGCGAGCCAGUCGAGCCAGGAACGUUACAGCCAAUCGGAUCAAGAGACUCAAAGUAGCGAGCAUGUCGGGGCCCGAAUGGUCGAUCGGCUCGAAAAAUCCGCGGAGAAGUGCGCGGAGAGCCGUACUUCGAAUUGCGAACGUUUUGGGCAUUAUCAGGCCCAAAGCGGUGAGCAUGUGGGGAUCCGAAUGGGGGGUGAGCGGCACGAGAAGGCCGUGGACAAAUCUUCGAUUGAUUACUCGAAGUGUGGAGAGGGUCGUCAACCGAGUUGCGAGCGUUUCGGACUCUAUCAGGCCCAAAGCUGCGACCAAGCCCACCAAGUCGGUGCUAGAAUGGGCGAGCGGUACGAGAAGUCAUCCGACAAGACGUCGGUCGAUUUCACCAAGUGCACCGCUGACGGUCGACAAUCGGGUUGCGAGCGGUUCGGCCAUUAUCAAGCUUCAGCGUUCGGUCAGUCCCCAUUGCAGGGACAUUACGGUGGCGGGCACGCCAGCGCCGAUCGUUUCGCGCGAUUUAACGACCUCAGUGCGUUGCACGGCGAGCAGCGAGCUUCGAGCGAUCGUUACUCGGUCUGCAACCCGGAGCUGCGCUUCGACACGGUGGGCCCGAAUGGGCCUAGCGAGUACGCGAACGCGAACGCACUCGCGGGUUCCUUCACGUCGGAGACGUUCCCGUCACCGCCGUCGCCGGCACCGGCAAACGACCGUUUCGUCCCACCACCGCCACUGUCGCCCAGUCCGAGCGAGAAGUAUGCUUCGAGUCAGAGUCUGGCUGGUUACCCUGCUACUGAUCGCAUUUUUCCCCCCAAUUCUCCGGGGUCCAAAUAUGGCACCGACGGUGCCGCUCCAGGAUCACCGAUGCCCGCCAAAGAGCGCUUCGCCUCCGCCGAACGACUGCUGGUCACUCAACAAUCAACCGCAGGCGACGCCAAGGAUCAACAACGCUACGUUGGUCCACCUGAUCGCCUGCUCUCGGGAUCCUCCCCUGUCCUGGGGGGACUUCAGGCUGGACUUCAAACGGGACUCCAGGGUAGCGGGGUCUACGCCAAGGAUGCCCGUUACGCCACCAUUUCCGCAGACAGGAUAUUAUCCUCUUCGCCGAUACAUGCUCCAGUCCCAGAGAGAUUCAUCGGCAAGUCGGAGAGGUACUUGGGCGAGUCGCCCGUUCACGAUAGGUAUCCUCGGCAGGACCCACCAGCGACAACACAUCACGAUCGGUAUUCGGCGAUGGCGGCGGCCACCGAGAGGUUCCUUUCGAAUUCGCCUAAUCCUGAGAGCACGCAUCAGCGCUAUUCAUCGUCAGAGCGUUCGUCUCUUCAAGUCUCUUCUAGCGGUUCCGAGCAAAACCGACGUCUCUAUACUGACAGAGGUGUCGAGACAGUUUGUCAGAAGUAUUCCGAUCGGUCCAUUGGUUCACCGGCAUCCGCCGACUUCGGUCGGUAUUCCGGUUUCCCGGAAGUCACCAAUCAGACGCGAUACGUGUCCAGCAACGACCGCUUCAACGAUCUCACCCUGCAGCGUUGCGGUCAAUCGCGGUCAACCGAUCGAUUUUCUAGCGAUCGAUACUUGGCUGGAUCGUCACCCGCGCACGACGGCAGACUCUCCAGUGCCGAGACACCACACUAUAUUGUCUCCUCUACCGAACGUCUGCUGGCGCCGACGUCCUCCUCGCCGUCCUCCUCCUCGGAAACCGGCACUAGAUACCAUUCGCCCUACACAACCACCGGCACCCAAUCAUCGACACCUAAUGAGCGCUUUGCGUCAAUAUCCCCGACGCCCGAAGCAUCGUCAAACGUUCACCGUGCUGUCGGUGGAGGAUAUCAGAACACGAAGAGCACCGUCGACAAAUAUCUGGUCUCAAAGUCAGUUCAGAGCUACGAUCGUUACUCAGUCGGCGGCCAGAACGAUCAUCAGUACAGCCAAGACCGAUACUUCGCUUCGAGCGGUGGCGCUGACCGAUUUCAGACUUCCGCCAGUGCUGAUCGCUUUCAUACUCCUGCUGAUCGCUACUCGCCAGCGCGCAGCAGCGCCGACAAGUAUCUGUCCCUGCCGAAGCCUAAGGACAGGUACACUGGCCGCAUAACACCCAUCUCCUGCGCCUCUGCUGUUGCGACGUCGUCCUCCGAUCGCACCUACAGCUCCUCCAGCGUGAGCUACGUGCCCCCAACCGCGCACACCCCCGUCGAACGAUAUGUGCCCCAACCACCCCCCGAAGUGCUCUAUCCAGACAGGUACGUGGACAGGUACGUACCACCCGCGGCGCACACACCGACUGAUCGAUACGUGCCCGCCAGCGAUCCAGGCGAUCCAUACAUGCGUCGCGACCUUGGCUUUCAUCACCAUUACCGGCUACCGCCGCCCGCCGGUUAUCCGUACCAGACGCAUUUCCGGUUCCGCGGGUUCGCGUACACCACGUCCGGUCGAUUGGGCGGCAGUCCCGGGUCCAGCAGUUCCAGCAGCACGACGUCCAAUCAGCGCGAGACGUUUGCGACGUCGCCAUUGUUGAGGCCCAAAGUGCGUGCGUCCGCGGUCGAAUUCGGUGCCGCCGUCGCCGCCACCGUUGGUGGGGUGACAACCACUACGACAGCCGGUGUCAACCGUCAUGCGUGCGCGAACUCGGUCGGCUGUUGCGGAGACGCGUCCACCAAUGCUAGAGCCUGCUGCCAGAUGAGGAGGUCCCUGCCACCUGGAACGCUUCCGGCGAUAUCUACGCAGACUUCGUCGUGGCAACCAUCGCCGAGUUCCGGUACGACGGGCACGUCGACGAUAUCGUCAACUACCGGCGAGGAUGACGCGACGCAGAGCACCGGGAUAUAUCCGGUGGGCGUCGCAGCAGCGUCAUCGACUACGGCGAUAGCAACGUCGGUGACGACAGCAUCGACGACCAUACCGCAAGCUACCUCCAGCGUCGCCAUUGGUACCGGAAGUGUGAGCGUCGCCAGGAGCGUCUCCGCGCCGUGCGCCCCACGACCGGUCGUCCAGGUCAGCAGCUCGUCGGCGAGCGCCUCGGCGACACAACGGCCGAGACUGAGGAGGAAUCAGAGCCGCACCGAGGCUAUCCGGAACUACAUCAGACGCGAGACGGCACAGUUCUUCGGGGUCGACGAGGAAUCGGAGGCUUUGGAGAAGCAAAGAUGGCUGGACCGACGGCGACGCAUGGCAUCGAGGAAGUACGGCGCGCUGGUAGCGGAACACCGGCCGCCGGAUCCGGACAUCACUAAGGACGUACCCGACACGAGUGAGACACCGGAAGGUGUCACGCUCAGACGAUGGCAGCAACCAGUACGGAGGAAAGAUUCAGUGGCGAGGAUGACGCUAUCGGGCCUUCAUUACAUCGUCGAAUCGUUAACCAGCAGGCAGCGUCCUCGCGAGCGUGUGCAGUCGCGUCUGGAGUCGCGCAGUUUUCCACCGAGCACGAUCGCGUAUCUGUCGAGAACAGAGGCAGUGUCGUAUCCUGACAACGGUCAAGAUGAGGAGGAAUCUUUCUUCGAAAGGCCCCCGCCGCCUCCGCCGCCUCUUCCGCCGCCACCGUCAUCUCAGCAAUCGCAGCAGACGCAAAUCGAUCAAGCUACAAGUGGACUGGUCAAGGACGAAGAGGUCAGCACCAAGAUCGUGGAUAUUCUCAGCACGACUCAACAGGAUCGCGAAGCGGCUAUUUCUGAAGAUUUGGUCGAAUUCGCACAGCAGAAGGAUGAUAGGACAACGGUCGACGGACAAGCCAGGCGACCCCGUUCGAUCAUGAGGGACCACUAUAUUUCCAGAGAUUACAGAAAGACAAGUUGGAGUAGGUCGAAGUACGACGCGCCCCCGACGGAGGGUACGAAGGUGCCGCAAGAAGAGGGUGUGACUCUUCGAAGGGAAGUGACCGGAGGCACGAGGAUCUCCCGCACCACGAUUGAUCGUGUCUUCGACAACAGCAAUCGGCGACGAUAUGGGAUGGGCAUUGUCGGUCGCUUCUUCGGACGAUCUUUUCGGAAAAGCGUCGCGCACAAACCGGAUAUAAAGAAGCAGCUGGACGACUUCGAAGAUCAUCGGCCGUAUUUCACGUACUGGAUCACUACCGUGCAAGUGUUAAUUCUGAUAAUAUCCUUGGCAUGCUAUGGAUUUGGUCCUGUUGGAAUGGACAUCAACCAUCGAUCCGGGCUGGUUCUCGUGACGAGUCUGUCACUGCAACAAGUCGACUAUCAAGAACCCGCGAACUUCUGGCUGGGUCCUAGAGCAGCGGAUCUAAUUCAUUUGGGCGCCAAAUUCGCGCCCUGUAUGCGCCGAGAUAUCAAGAUCUUAAAGGAAAUUGACGUCUGGCGAGAAAGAGAACGGGACACCGCCUGCUGUAUCAGGAACGACGAUUCCGGCUGCGUUCAGUCCAGCAAAGCAGAUUGCUCUGUCCGGGGAUUAAGGUCUACUGUUACGAAUACAAUUUCGACCUGGAAGAAAUGGAAACACGGGGCCAGCGGGCCUGGCGGUCGCAUUAGUGGAUCAGUAUGUGGGCUGGAUCCAAAAUUCUGCGAUGCUCCAGCAAGCAUUGCGCCUUACGAGUGGCCAGACGACAUCACCAAAUGGCCGAUUUGCCGGAAGACUGCCUUCAAUCAACGCUUCAGUAAAAACGGGAGUCAGCAAGGGAACUUUCCCAUCGGCCGCUACAAUAAAAUGGCGGAGCACAUGGUGUGCGAAGUAAUCGGCCAUCCGUGCUGUAUCGGGAUUCACGGGAUGUGUCGGAUCACCACGAAAGAAUACUGUGAUUUUGUCCACGGUUACUUCCACGAGGAAGCGUCGCUAUGCUCGCAGGUGGAGUGUCUGCACGAUGUCUGCGGUAUGAUACCAUUCUUGCAUCCGGAAUGGCCGGACCAGUUCUACAGGCUCUUUACCACCAUCUUUCUUCAUGCCGGAAUCGUCCAUUUGGCAAUUACGUUGCUGAUCCAGUAUUUUCUGAUGAGGGACUUGGAAAAGUUGACGGGAUCUUUGCGCAUCGCUUUGAUCUAUUUUACCGGUGCUCUUGCUGGGAAUUUGGCCAGUGCGAUCUUCGUCCCUUACAGGGCAGAAGUCGGUCCAGCCGGCGCGCACUUUGCGUUGCUGGCCACGUUGGUGGUCGAAGUGCUGCACUGUUGGCCGAUGCUGAAGCAUCCUCGGCGCGCACUGUCCAAGUUGAUCCUAAUCCUGUUGGUGCUAUUGGCGCUGGGUAUCCUGCCAUGGGUGGAUAAUUAUGCGCAUCUAUUCGGCUUCAUCUUCGGCUUCCUGGCGGCCUACGCACUGAUGCCGUUCAUCUCGUUCGGCCAUUACGAUCGCAGACGAAAGAUCCUGCUGAUCUGGGUCUGCUUGAUCCUGAUCGUAGGCCUGUUUGCCCUAUUGCUCGCCCUCUUCUACAAUGUGCCGGUGUACGAGUGUGAGGUGUGCAAACUGUUCAACUGCGUGCCGUUCACCCGCGACUUUUGCGCCUCCCAAAACAUCAAUUUGAAACGGGAGGAGCCGGUAUGACAUACGGGGCCGCGGUUCACAGUCGGGCGCGAAGUUGUUCCGUUCGGCCCCCGAUCUCACGCUCUUCAUCAUCGCGCACACCACCACGAUCCACUAUUACUGUUCGCAACGCUCGUCCUGGCGACGCUCCUCGUCGACUCCCGAAGCCGCGUCCGAAGUCGCAACGUCGGCCGAGAUUGAUCGAAGAACUUUUUCAUUUCAGGGAUAAUUGAAGCUCAAAAUCUUUAUGAUCAUCGAGAUCUCUGAUGUACGAAGUUAGAAGAAAUCCUUCGGAAAUUAAUUGAACGACAAAUGUUUUGAAUUUUUGAUGAAGUUUUGAAGAAAAAAGUAGAAGUUUUUUUAUUUUUAAGGAAGGUAAAGAAUUCAGGGAAGAGUUUUUGCAUUUCUUAAGAGGCUGGAAGAAGAUGAAUAAACAUUGGGAGAAAAAUUGGGAAAUCAAAAGGGAACAUGUGCAUUUUUGAAAAGAUCGUUAAAAGGAACUUCUUGAAGUUUUGAAGAAGCAAAAUGAUCCAAAAAAGAUUUUAGGUUCUCAAGUUGAAAGAAGAUUGAGAGAAUGAGAUGAAUAUUUUUUUUUAAUUUUUGAUCGUAGGAAAAUCUGCAAGAAAGGAAUUUUAUAUUUUUGAAAAAAGAAAAAUAAGGCAUCGGAAAAAUAACCUUUUUGAUAAAGCUAAAGAAUUAGCUAUUGUGCAAUUUUAGAGACAUUUCUUGGUCAGUGAUCAAUUUCUAGUCUAUUUAAUGAUGAUCUGGAUUGUUGAGCUUUCAAGAUUAUCCGAGGUUUACGUUUACCUUCAAAUUGCAAAAUUGUGCAAUAUAAGCUUUUAAAGUAGAGCCUAAAGCAAUUCGCCUAACGGAGGAUCUUUUGUGCUUUGAAAUUUGGCGACCCGAAUGUUUGGUCUUUAAAAUUUUUCCGGAAUUCCCGACCUGCGUAGAUCAGGAUCAACGAUCGUAUUUGGAUUGUUCACGUUACUUAUAAGAAUGAUAUCAUGGUGCGUUCGGAGGACAUGGGGGUUUGAUAGUGCCUGGAUCGAGCGGGUGAAGGUAAUGGAUCCCGACCGACAUUUUCGCUACUGCCAACGAACGUUAGAGAGGAACUCGUGUUCGUCGACGCACGACGAUGCCUUAACAUUAUUAAGUCCCAGCGUAGUAAAUGGCUCCCAACGUAAGCUGGCCAGGGCCCAGCGGGCCUUGAGGGAGUCCAGGACUCUAAAUCGCCGACGGAGUGUGUAAAUAUGCGCGGGCCUUGAGUGUCCAGCGAAACGAUUAAACGGAUGGAUGCUCCACGUGACAUCCGGGAUGUAACGUACCUACGCGAGGGUCCAUCGCGGCUUGGCGUGGCAGCAUCCAUUCCACGGAGGUGUUGAUAGGCAGAACGGAGGAGAAACGGGCAGAUGUAAAUAGGAUCAAGUCUUGUUACCGUUGUAAGAACGACCUUAGUAAGCUAACUUUAGGAAGAACCUUGAAAGUGCGCACGUCUUUCGUCUCUGUACGAUAUAGUCCCCCGCACCUCCGACAUCCGGAACUAUUGUCUGUGAUGGCUUGAUCUUGGAGAUAUUUUUCGUAGCACCGCGAUGGCCGUAAUGAUGAUGGCCGCGAGCCUUCCUACAGGAAUGACCCGGGGAUAAUCAUCGUCUGGAUACCAAUUGGUAGCUCGAUAAGAGGCGAGGGAAAACUGGAGCCUUAAGCGUUUAUGUGUGAAGAGGCAGGAUGAAGAGUGUAAGUCUUUUAAAGCACGUAUAACACACUUGAAAAACCGCUUCUUUCCGUUUCCUGAUGUAAUUUCGGGCUUGAACGUGGAUAUUGAAAAUAGAAUGAACACGCAUUGCUCAACAUUUAGAACGACAAGCUGUUUGCCAAUUUCUCGUUACCACGUUUCAAUUCGAGUAAUGCAAUUGCCAUUAUAUAAUUGUCAAUUUUCGGUAAGGUGAUUUAUUAAUCAAUUAUAUCAUGUAUGACAGGAAGUUCCAACAUAAUUCGUAUCAUCUCUUGACAAUGCAAAUUCUGUCUAAUAGCAUUGUAUUUCAGUAUUAUCUGUAUCAGUUCUAUGAUACCAAUUAUAAUUACAGUAUUAAUAAUAUUAUUCAUUUCAAACGUAACCAGACUAAUCUUAUACGAUAACUCUAGCAAUGUCACUUUAAAUAAAACUGGAUUUUUACAUUAGAUUUUGAUAAUAUCUACCGAUAAUCUUAUGAAAUUGUAAUAUAAAACGUAGUACAAAAUAUGGAAUACAUGCAAUAACACGAGAAACAGCAGGUACUGAAAUAUCUGAUUGGUAUCCAGAGGACUGAGUCCUUGUCGAGGAUAGGAGGGAAGGGGAGGUCCGAGGCAGAGGAGGCGGAAGGAAAGUGUUAACGAUUUAAGGCGAAACGAAUCAAUUUUUUAUAACGGCGUGAAAGAGAGCGAGAGAAAGGGAGGGAGAGAAAGGGUGGCGCGAAUAUCAGAAUUCUUAAUCAAUUUCGAAGUCUGUAAAUAUGUAUCUGCGGCAAUGCGAGGGAAUGUAUGGGAACGAAAGGAGCGGUGAAAGGAACAAAUACACGAAAUAUAUACGCUACGCAAUAAGUUUCUUAUACCUCUGUGCACA